UGCAUUUGUAUCAGAGUUUCGCUUCCGCCACGACGACCGACGGCAGCUGUUGGCCGGCGGCUGACCUCCGGGGAUAAGCGUUUUCCAUUCGUUCGACAUGGCGCAAAUCAGACUGUUUGGAGUUGUCGGGUACGUGUACGCAGUGCUCAACAUUAUCAUUGCCUUCAGCGUCGCAAUUCGGUGUCUCAAUUCGUUCGGAAGCGAACAUGAAAAUAACACGGUCUUGGCGCUUAAGUCGAUCUUUGCUCUGUUUUGCUUCGCGUUCACGAUUAUGCUGGUGAUUGGCAUUAAGAGGGAGAAACUCGAGUACAUAAUCGUCUACAGGAUCUUCGUUCUGUUUCGCAGCACAUGUGGACUGGUUUACAUGGUCAUCAACCAGCUGAUAGUGAUUGUGGACAACGCCAAUACUGCCACCACGGUUGCGGUGGUGUUCAGUGUGCUGCUGUUGAUCAUUGCCGUGGUUUUGUUUGUAGGAUUCGUGACCAUUGAACUAUGGGUUUUGGCCGGAAUCAAGAGUUUCGUUGAGCUACCCAUCGAAAUAGUUAAAAUGCCAGCUGUUACACCGGUCUAAAUGAGCUGGAAGUGAUCUCGGACAGUUUUAUUCAAACAGUGAGAACGUAGAAAGAC